UUGAUGACGGUGCCUUAUUCUUAUUUUGAUUGAUAAAAGUUGAUGCAGAGGGUUUAACCGUGGCCAAAAAGAUAUUAGAAAAUUUGCGGGUCUCUUGAGAGUUCGACCAUCAUUUUCAAAUUGAAAGACAUUGCAUCGUGAAAAUCCUGCGUUGGCACGUAAUUUCAUAAUAAAGAGAUCAGAAGAUAAUUGUGAUUUAGUUUGUAAAAACAGCUAGUUCUUAUUUUUAGUAAUUCUGAUUUUAGUUUAUUCUCUUUUCGUUAUAAUAAAAAAAUAAAAAAAAACUUAAAAUUAUAAAAUAAUUAACAAAAACAAAAUUCCAUGUAAAUAUAUGUAAUAUGAACAACACACAGUCGUAAAGUUAUCAUCAUAAAUAAUAAAUAAAAACAAAAAAAAAUUAAAACAAGUGAAAAGAUAAGAGAAAUUUUAAACGAAAAAAAUCCCCUAUCGAAAGCCUUGAUUAAAGAAACUAAUUAAAGUUUAAGUUCUUGUGAUAAAAGCUUGAAAAUGAAUAGCCUCGUGAAAGUGUUUAGUAAUUUUAAAGAGUUUUAUAAUGAAAUAAAUGGUGCUACUCUAACCGGUGCAAUUGAUGUUAUCGUCGUUGAACAACCCGAUGGUACUUUUUUAUGUUCACCAUUCCAUGUUCGUUUCGGUAAAUUGGGCGUGCUACGGAGCCGAGAGAAAAUAGUUGAUAUUGAAGUGAAUGGCGAACCUGUAGACAUACAUAUGAAAUUAGGCGAAUCAGGCGAAGCAUUUUUUGUUGAAGAAUGUCCAGAAGAUGAUCUUGAACAGCUUCCAGCUAAUAUGGCUACGUCGCCUCUGCCUACAAACGAAUUUUCAAAAUAUGAAGCUACUAAUUACAGCAAUAGCACAACUGUAGAAGAUACCAUUCAACUACCAUUGCCUCGUAGAAAUUCGAUUGAUUUUUCAAAAGAAUCGGAAGAAGUUGGGAAAAAAUUUGAAAAUCAAGUGUCGGAUUUUUCGCAUAGGAGGCACACCGAUAACACUUUAGAGCGUCGAGAUUUAUCAUCAGCGAAGAUGGAGUUUACCACACAAAAAAUCCGCCAAGAAUGGGCUGUUCAUGAAGAGCAACUAUUCGGUGGAGAUGGCACUGAGGACUGGCAGAACAGCACAAUGAAUAAAUCAACCGAGGAAGGAGAGGCAACAGCCAAGCCGAUCAUAAACACACCACUAAACGAAAUCCAAACCAAAGAAGAUGAAACGUCCUCCGUGGCGCCAGAAGCUCCAGAUUCAAAAUCCAAAAAGAAGCGACGAAAGAAGUCUAUGAUGAAGAAGAAGCAGACCCAGCGUAAGAGUUCGUCCAGUUCAUCAGUUGGAUCUGUUCCAGGUGAUCCAAAUGAAAACGACACUGACACCACGUCCGUUUCCAAUAACACAAUCAGUUCAACGAAUGAAGAGUCACUGAAAUCAGAGACAGCUGUCAGCGCAUCUAUUGAAGUGCCGAAAGAAUUGGAAAAACCAACACCGAUUCCAUCUCGUGUGCGAGAUUUAGACAUCCAUUUCUUUAGUGACACUGACAUUGGGUCGGGUAAAAGUCCACAUGGUUCCCGUCCAUCGACACCGAUUCAAAGCGACAGUGAAAUUGAAAUAUCCCAACGGGACAAAGGCGAAAAAGGCAAUUUGAUGACAAGUUCAGCGUCGUGGAAAUGGGGCGAAUUACCAACACAGGGCGACGAUGCAAAUAUUACCAGUGAAGAUGCGACCCAAGCUCAACGAAACUCAAUGCUUAGCAACAUGUUCAGUUUUAUGAAGCAAUCGAAGAAAAUGCGUAAGACGUCGUCGGAAGGAGUUUAUUUAUCCGAAUUGGACACCGAAGGUAUGGAUCCAGAAAUGGCCGCUCUCUAUUUUCCACCAAUCAAUAAAGCUGAUCCAGCUAUGAAUGUAAUGCCUGUACCGGAAGACGAUGGUGAAAGUGGUAAUGGGACAUCGCUGCCACACAGUCCAAGUUCAGUUGAAGAGCCCAAAAGUCUAGAUUCUGACUAUGAGGAUGGCAAAUCUAAUGAUAACAAGUAUUUGGACUUUGUGUCGAUGUCAAUGUGUGGAGGACUGGAUCAAGGUGGACCAACUGACGAAGAGUUUGAUAGAAAUGUCGUUCAAUAUUCCGAGGUAUGUCAAAAUCCAUCAAUUUUUUCGUCGCCGUUACUAGUUGUCCGAUUGAAUGGCAAAUACUAUAGCUGGACGGCUGCAUGUCCCAUUGUCAUGACAAUAAUUACAUACCAGAAACCAUUAACAAAUGAUGCGAUCGAGCAACUGAUGAAUGUAAACAAACAGCCGGAAAAUACACCAGCGUCCGAAACGAAACGAGGGGGAUAUUCGUCGUGGUGGUAUUGGCGGCGAUCUGCUGGCGAGAAACAGGAAUCAAAGGACAAAGAUUUUGAAGGAAAAGAUGGCGAAAUGAAUGCGGUUGGAACGCAAACGUCACGAGCCACAUCGCCGGAAGAUAGAAACCGUGCCGAUUUCGAUGUAAACCCGCAUAAUGUGACGGGACAAUCGGAUUUGUCCGAACUGAAUAAGAGUCAGAGCAUAGAAGAUUCGAAGCCAUUCGAAACGUUUCGAAAGUCAUUGAGAUUAACAACUGAACAAAUAGAAAGCCUUAACUUAAAGAGUGGAAUGAACGAAAUAUCAUUUAGUGUAACUACAGCUUAUCAGGGAACGUCGCGCUGUAAAUGCUACUUAUUCCGAUGGAAACAUAAUGACAAGGUGGUCAUUUCUGACAUCGACGGCACCAUUACAAAAUCGGAUGUAUUGGGUCACAUUUUACCCAUGGUCGGUCGUGACUGGGCUCAAAUUGGUGUGGCGCAACUCUUUUCGAAGAUUGAAGAGAACGGAUACAAAUUAUUGUAUUUGUCUGCUCGAGCCAUCGGUCAAUCCAAGGCGACACGAGAGUAUUUGCGUUCCAUUCGACAGGGAAAUGUAAAGUUGCCUGAUGGACCACUGCUCCUGAAUCCGACGUCAUUGAUUUCCGCACUGCAUCGUGAAGUUAUCGAGAAGAAACCCGAGCAAUUCAAAAUUGCUUGCCUGAGUGAUAUUCAAGCACUUUUCCAGUCUAAUCCAUUCUAUGCGGGCUACGGCAAUAAAAUCAAUGAUGUGUGGGCAUACAGAGCCGUUGGAAUUCCAAUCAUGCGAAUUUUCACUAUCAAUCCGAAGGGCGAAUUGAAACACGAAUUAACGCAAACAUUCCAGUCAACUUACACUGGCCAAUCGGUUGUUGUGAAUGAAAUUUUCCCUCCAUUACCAAAGUAUGACAGCUCGUCUGACGAUGAUUCUGAUGAUCAGAGUACAACCGACGAGGGUAUUACAUCCGAUGAUGAAUUACAAUUCGGAACGUUAGAAGAUUAAAAAAAAAGAUUUUCUGUUUGAAAAAAUUUUCAGUUUUUAGUCAAUUGGAAAUCAUUUAUUUGGUUUGAUAUUAAUUACAAAAAUUGUGAUAAUUCUACGAAUUAUUCGAUGCAAAUGACAGUACCUUGACAAAUUAAUUUAAAAAAGAAAAUAUUUUUAUGUUUAAUUUGAUGAAGACACAGAGUUCAGCGAUUAUUACUUGAUCGGAGAAUUUAUUUAUUUUUAUAAAAAAGAAUUUAUUUAUUGAAUAAAUGUUGUUGAUGUUUUGAUGUG